CGCACUCCGGCGGUAUUCGUCAACGGCCCUGCCGCGGUCACACUGGUGAAUCGGGAUAAAUCGCGGAAAAAAAAGGCAGCCGCAUUUUGUAAAUUAAGUCCGAAUUACAACCGAUCCGGAUCUUUUGCUAGGAACAGAAAAUCACAACGGCGAUAAAAGAGAAGUGCGGAAAACAGGCAGAGAAGUGAAGAAAAAGGCGUACAUACAAACGCACGUACACACGUCUCGUCUCGCCUCGCUCGACGAAGGAAUAUAUGUAUCCGUCUGGGUGUGCGUGUGUUGGUGUGCGCUGCAGCAGCAGCUUCUAGGCGUGAAAGAGAGAGGGAUAGAUUCCCUUUCGACUCGCCAGUCGCGACUUUUGGAGCGUCUCGCGAGAGAGCGAAAGAGAGACAGUGAAGUGAGGCAGAGAGCGAGGGCCAUGGACGGCGUUUGGAUGUUUUUGGGGAACAAAGGCGUCAAGAGCUAAAAUGAUUUGGCACAGCAGCGGCGAUAUAUUUUGGAUACGCAGCCAAAGCCAAAUCCAAGCCAUCCAAAACGAUAACCAAUUCCAACUCCAACUCCAAUCGCUGUGUGUAUGUGUGUGUCUCGACGAAAAGCCGUGGAAAAAGACGCACGCACACACACGCACACUGGGGCAGCAGCAGCAGCAGCAGACAAAGCAUCGUUUUGCGAGUGCGAGCGAGAGGCAAUAGCGCCUUAGUGAAUAAUUCAUUUAAGACUGUCCUGCAGAAUGGUCGUCGGCUCGAAUCACACGCGGCGCGGUGAAACUGGCAGCAGAUUUACAAACAGCAGCAGCUCCAGUGGCUCAAACGGUGUCUCCACCGCCUCGGCCAGCAGCACCACCAGCGCAACGUCUUCACUAGCCAGCAGUUCCAAUUCCACGUCGACCACGACGGCGACGGCUGCGGCUCUGCUGUCGUCCAUGUCCCACAAGGGUCAUGGCCCACCGCCAUCAGCGCACCACCAGGCGAACCAGCAACAACAGCAGCAGCAGCACCACCACCAGGCGGCCAACCACCACCCACAUGCCCCCCACUAUCAGCAGGCGAAUCCGCACACCAGCCACCACCAGCAGUCGCAUCACUCCUCGAAUGGCGGUGGCGGAGGAGGUGGUGGAUCUGCUGGAUCGGGAUCGGGAUCGGUGGUCAGUGGACUCAAUGGCUGCAACGGCAGCGCCGUCAGUCGCCUGUCGCAAUCCACUGGGAUGUCGCCGCGUGAACUAUCCGAGAACGAUGACCUGGCCACAUCGUUGAUCCUCGAUCCACAUCUCGGUUUCCAGACUCACAAGAUGAACAUACGCUUUCGUCCUCUGAAGGUGGACACACAGCAGCUGAAGGCCAUCGUGGAUGACUUUAUCCACACCCAGAACUACGAUGUGGCCAUUCAGCGCAUCUACGAUGGUCCGUGGAUACCGCGUCAUCUCAAGAACAAGAAUAAGAUUGCCACCAAGCGGCUCCGCGAUCAUAUUGUCCGAUACCUGCGCGUUUUCGACAAGGACAGUGGCUUUGCCAUCGAGGCCUGCUACAGAUAUUCACUGGAAGAGCAACGCGGCGCCAAGAUAAGUUCGACCAAGCGCUGGUCAAAGAACGACAAGAUCGAAUGCCUGGUGGGCUGCAUCGCCGAGCUGACGGAGGCGGAGGAGGCCGCCCUGCUGCACUCGGGCAAGAAUGACUUUUCGGUGAUGUACAGCUGCCGCAAGAAUUGCGCCCAACUGUGGCUGGGACCGGCUGCCUACAUUAAUCACGAUUGUCGCGCCAAUUGCAAGUUUUUGGCCACCGGCAGGGAUACCGCGUGUGUUAAGGUCUUGCGCGACAUCGAGGUGGGCGAGGAGAUAACCUGUUUCUAUGGAGAGGACUUCUUUGGGGACUCCAAUCGCUAUUGCGAGUGCGAGACGUGCGAACGCCGUGGAGCCGGCGCCUUUGCCGGCAAGGAUGAUGGCCUAAUGCUGGGUCUCAGCAUGGGACUCGGCCUGGCCACCAGUGGACCCGGCAAUAAUGGUGGCUAUCGCCUGCGGGAGACGGACAAUCGGAUUAAUCGCAUCAAGAGCCGGGCCAACUCUACGAACAGCACCUCGAACAGCAAUAGCAACACAAAUGAUUCCACUGGCACCAGCGAGAGUAGCAGCACGAACGGAUUGGUCGUUUCUGGCGGCGGCGGCGGAGGAGGCGGAGCAGCAGCGGCGGCUGGUGGAGCGACCGGUACUUCAGGAGCCACUGGAGGAGCAGCAGUGCCGGCGACAUCGCAGCCACCAACUGGCGGCGGCAAGGAGGCCACUGCCCCUGUCUCUCUGCUCGAAAAGAAACUGCCAAACGUUGUGGUCUCACCACUGACCAUGAAGGAGCUGCGCCAGAAGGGCAUGACCAAGUACGAUGCCGAGAUGAUAAUGGCCAAUGCAGCCUACCAGCAGCAGCACCACCAUCAGCAUCAUUUCCAUCACCACCAUCAUCAUCAUCACCAUCACCACAAUCAUGGCCAGCAUGCCAGUACUGGAGCCGAGGCCACAGCGGCUGUGCAGCAAUUGGCCGCCAUGCAGAAGCCAGGCGGAGGAGGAGGGGCAACCGGAACUGGAACUGGAGCAGGUGCAGGUGCUGGAGCAACAACAGUGGGUGGCGUGGCCGGCGGAGCGGGCUCCGAGGUUAAUGGCGGUCGCUCCAGCAAUCUGCGCAAAUCGAUGCGUGUGAACAGCACUAGCAGCAGCAUCUCGACCGCCUCCACGGACGAGGUGGUGGUGGCCCCAGUGGUCGUUGCAAAUAUUCCGCUGUCCACCAAGGCACCUGUGGUCCUAGUGCCGCGCUGCAAGCCCGCCCAAAUGGCCAUUGCCGCACUGCAUCAGAGGCAGCAGCGCCAGUUGAGACGCAGUGAACGCCAGAAGGAGAAGCUCACGGACGGCGAGAGCAGUGACACCAGCAGCGAGCAGCAGAAGAGGGAGCACAACAAUCAACAGGAUCACCCGGUGCCGCCCAAAAUGUUCAUCCUGGCGGAAGAAGCACAUCCAGAGAAGACGGAGGAGAAGCAACAGGAACAGCAGCAGCAGCAGCAGCAGCAGCAGGAGAAGCGUGUGACGCGAAAUAGUGCGGGAAGAGGAGGAUUGGUAGCCAGAUUAGCCACUGCCCAUAACAAUAACAUUGCAACCACAACAAACAACAACAACAACAGCAGCAGCAGUAGCAGCAGCAGCAACAAAGCAACAACGAUUACAAAUUGUAAUAAUCAUAAUAGUAAUAAUAGCAGUAGAAUUAAUCAUAAUUCUAAUCUUAGCGGUAGACUUAGUGUUAAAUCGAAGAAGCCAGCACCAAGUGAGGCCUCGUCCACACCCUCAUCCACAUCCACAUCCUCAGAAAAUCAGCAUCAGCAGCAUCAGCAGGCAACGCGUCGCAGUCGCAGCCCGAGUCCCGCCUACAAGAAGAACCUUUUAGCCAGCUUCGAUCCCGAUAUUCCUUCCAACCAAGCAACAAUCAAGGAGCAACAACAGCUGGAUAAGCAAAAGCAAAGGGACGAGGGAGCUACAAAUCCCCCGGUCAAACAGAAAAGAAGUCGCAGGGCAGCUGCCUUGGCAGCGGCGCAGAGUAUCCACUGCGAGGCUUUGGGUGGAUUCUCAUCGGGAUCUAGUGGUGGGCAGCGCAAGAGAGCAAACCAGGCAGCAGGAGAAGCUGCCACCUCAUCGUCCUCCUCCUCGAGCAUCAGCAAUGUCGAGCCGCUGCUCAAAACCCCAGAGCGCCGGCUGAAAUUAACGUUACGUAUGAAGCGUUCCCCAAUUCUGGACGAAGUUAUUGAGCUCGGAACGAGUCUGAGCAAUGGUGGCGCUGGUCGAAAUGCAUCGGGUUCCCAUCGCGGAGGAACAGGUGGAGAUGGAUCUGGUAGAGCUGCGCUAAAUCUAACCGGCAGCAGUUCCAAUGGCAUUGAGUACGAGAUCCUGCGCAUGGAGGGCAUUUCCGAGCAUGGCAACGAUGACGACGACGACGAAGAGGAGGAGGAAGAGGAGGAAGACGAAGCGCCAGCUGCGGAAGAAGAGGACGAGCCGCCGCCAAAGGAGGAGGAGCUGCAGCUGCCCACCAAGAAGCAGAGGAAGAAACAGCGCAGCCGAAGCAGGAGCAGCCAACGCAGAUCGCCAGCGCCGAGCAGUAGCAGUGUAUAUGGCACUCCGCAGAAGAAGCGACUCCGUCUGAUCUUUGGCAACGAAUCCCAUACCAUAGACAUUCCACCAGCAGCAGCCGAGGGAGCGGGCAGCGGCAUGGAUGACCUAAACAGCAGCGGAGGCGGUGGCGAUGAGUCCUUCAAUGUCUCAUAUGCCAGCAGCACUAGUUUGACGGUCAACACCUCCUCCAGCAGUACCAGUUCAUCCGGUGGCGGCGGCGGCGGGGGAGGUGCCACCUCAUCCUCUGGCGAGGCGGUGGACUCCUCAUCCACGGUGGGUGGAGGAGGAACCAUUGCUGCCCAAUCGCCCUCAUCCACGACCAGCAGCUCUUUUCAAUCGGCCUGCACAUCGACCACCAACAGCAAUAGCUACUUUCCCAAUGGCAAGCAGCGUGGAGCUGGCGAGGAUUCCUAUGCGAUGCACUACUACCAGCUGGGCAAGUUUGCUGGAACCUCGAGCCCAGGACAGGGACAGGCCAUUGUGAGCAGCAGCAGUGGUUCCUCGGGAGGAGGUGGCGGAGGUGGAGCUGGAUUCCUGAGCAUGCCCAAGCACACAUUCGGCACUUGCGCUCUUUUGGCGCCCACCAGUUUCGCCAGUCUGCAGAAUCAGCCGCAGAUAAACCAGCAAAAGUCCAGCGGUGGUGGCGGAGGAGGAGGGGUAGCAGUGGUGGCCACCUCUACAUCAACAGCAACGGCCGCCUCGCAUCAUCAUCAUAACAACCAUCAUGGCCAGAAAUAACCAACGACUGAUCUCCAAGCAAAUUGACUAAGCACAGCUGCCAUUGCCAAGAGAAGAGGAGGAGGAACGAUGAGGAGGAGGAUGAAAAAUCAGGACCAGGACAAGGAUAUGGAUAUGGAAAUGGAAAUGGAUUCGGAGGAGGAGCACCACGUGAAGCAUAGCAGGAAACGCAACGGGUGGAGACUACGGAUGGCUGCGCUGCUGGCGUCGUUGCCUCUGCUGCUGCUGAUGAACCUGUGACACCCUAUAGAUACCAGACCCUAGAUUAAGAUCUUAUAGUCCAUGUAGAUCCUUGUUGCAACCUUGAUUUUUCAUAUUCAGAAAGCAAAAAAACAGGCUGACAAAUUUUUGAAAAUCGAAUUCGGAUAUAUAUAUACAUAUACCUGAUUAUAA